AUGCGUUUCACUCUCCUCCUAGCUGCUCUCGCCGCCGGCUGCGUCAAUGCCGUCGAGAAGGAUGUCUACGUGACCGACUGGACUACGGUGACCGUGACCGAGACGGUCACUGCCCCCGCCGUCACCGAGACGGUGCUGCCGCCUCAGGUCCAGCUUCAACAUGUUGCGCCCACCACCACUGUCCCCGUGGUGGAAAGUGUCGUCGCUCCCAGCUCGACCUCGGCCGUUGAAAAGCCCGUGACCUCGAGUGCCCCGGCCCCCGUGGAGACUCAAGCCGCCAAGGAACCUUCUCCCGCCCCCGUGCAGGAGCCCGCGGUGGUCACCACGCAGGCUCCGGCUCCCGUCGAGACUGCGGUCGUCUCCUCUUCCGCGUGGUCGACUGCCUGGACCUCUACUCUCUCCGUCGCCCCCGCUGCCACUACUCAGGCUGCCGCCCCUGCCAGUGCUCCCGCUGGUAACUCGUAUCAGUCGACCGUCCUCUACAACCACAAUGUCCACCGCAGCAACCACUCUGCCUCUUCUCUCGACUGGUCUGCGGAUCUUGAGUCGAGCGCCAAGGUCCUGGCCUCCCGCUGCGUCUACGAACACGAUGUCUCUAUCCCUGGUGGUAGCAUUGCGGCCGGUAGCUACGGUCAAAACAUCGGCUACGGUGUCGAGGCCAGCGAUGUUGGUGUCAUGAUCACCAACCUGAUGUACAACGACGAGAUCAACUAUUUCCCUCAACCCUACGGUUCCCCCAACCCCGACAUGACCCUCUUCGACAAGUGGGGUCACUUCUCUCAGAUCGUCUGGAAGGGGACCACCCACGUCGGCUGCGCCACGGUCACUUGCCCGAACUUGGGCAACGUGGACUCGAGCAUGGCUCUCCCCUUUACGGUCUGCAACUACUACCCAGCUGGCAACGUUGGCACCGAGUACGGUGACAACGUCCUGGCUCCUCUUCGCCAACCCUCUUACGUGGCUUAG